GGUCGUGAGCACAUCGCUGAAGAGUCAUAUAGUAGUGCAUCCAAUAUAACAAUAAUAAUCGUGCGGUGUUCGAUUUCGGGUUUUUCGAGAAAGAAUUCAAAAAUGGAACGAAACGCCGUUGUUCUUGUGCGUGCCGAUAAGUGUGUAUAAAUCAAGUGUGUUGACUUUGGUUUCCACAGACAUUUGAUUUCAUCUAACGGUGCUAGUGUAUAUAUUAUAUAUCCAUAUCGAAGAAUAGAGGUAUUUUCACCAUCGAAAUGGACUGGCAGCCGUGUAUUAUAGCAGGCCUGGUGUGUCUGCUCCUGCCAUCGCAGAUUUCCGUGGCCAAAGCCUGGAGUUUGCCAGCCCGCCAUUCAGCUCAACUGGCUUUAGCACCAGCACCGGUUGGCCGACGAUUAAAUGAGGUAUCACCAUAUCUGGACCUGGCCUUGUGCCCCAUUCGAGCGGAGCCCUGGACCUGUGCCCGCCAACAAUCCGGCCGAAUUCUGGACGCCUGGGACGGAGAGCUCCAUCUUCAGUGGCAAAAACUUAAAGUCGAGGCCGAUCGGCAGAUGAAUGCUACGAUCGAGAGACGCGGCUACAGCACCUCGGAAUUGCCCGUGAAAGAGAAGCCAUCGACGAUACUGAAGAAAAUUGAAAUCGGCACGAAUUAUAUGAAGAAAUACCUGGCUGAGUCCAUGGAUGGCUUCCUAGGUCGGGAAUACGAGUAUUUGCAGACACCGAAAGCUGCGGAUGAUGAUAGUGAAACCGAUCAGAGUGGAAAUAGUGUCGAAGAUGACGACGAGGCGGAUGCAGCGGAAGAUGCGAGCAAUGCGGCUGAGGAGGAAAAUGCAGAUGAUGAGGAGGCGGAUGGGGAUGCCAAUAAUGAGGAGGAGGACGAAGACGACGACGACGACCAGGAGGAGGAGGAUGAUGACUCGGACAGCACCGCGGAGCAGGAGAAGGAACCAGAGCCCCAAGCUGAGGCCGAAGACGAAGACGAGGAUGUGGACGAGGCGGUGUCGGCACCAGAAAGUGAAAAUGAAAAGGAAAAUACACCGAAUGUGUUCAGUGGUACUCCCGCUGCGCAGACUCAAAGCGAUGGGAAAAAUCCUGUAUUUAGUGAGGACAACACUUCCACAGGAGUCGAAUUCAUCGAACUCGAGGACGCCGAGGAAAACGAGGCGGGUGCACUGAAAAAACCGGGAGCUGGUAAGCGCAAGAAGAACAAAAAGGGCGGCAAGCGCAAGAAGAAGAACAAGAAGAAGGGUCAGGGUCAGGAAACACAACCAGCCACCUUGGUGGUGGUCCAGGCGGCGCCAGAGCACCACGAAGUGGAUUCAGGACACGAUCACGGAUCCUCGGUGAUUAGUCAUGGGAGCAGCGAUGAUGACGAUGAUCACGUGGGAAAACCCAUGAAGAAGAGGAAACAGAAGCGCCGCAUGAAGGGCAAGCGGAAGCGCAAGGGUCAACAGGGGUCAGCAGUGGUGGAGCACGAGCAGAGCGACCUGAGUCUGGGAUUGGGUCUCCUCGACGAACUCGCGGAUGCGGAUGACGUCUUCUCCGGAGUCGGCGGUGGAAAGCGCAAGCACAGGAACCCACUUAAUUAUGGUAGAAGUAACGGAGUGACCCGUGGCAAGAAGAAGAAGAAGAAGAAGGCCAUCGCCAAGUUUAUAAUGAUUGGCAGCUUCCUUAAAGCCAAAAUUGAACUGCUGCUAAAGAUUUUGGGCGCCCAUCUGCAGGUCAAGUUCUUUGCCAUAGCCCUAAUUGGUCUGCUGAUCAAUAUAGCUCGAUUCUGGAUCGAUGUGAAACGCGGCAGUCCGCCAUCUAAGGUUGUAUACGUUGAACAUGCCCACCAUCAGCACCACUACGAGGAUCAUGGGGACGACUGGAGCGAGCCGGGAAGCUACUGGAAGCGAUCCCUGCAGACGGAUCCUUCGGUCGAGGACGUGGACUCCUCCACGGACAGCUACCAAGUGCGCCAGACCCAACAGCAAUCCCAGGUCCAGGAUCCACACUAUCUGGCCUAUCGCAACCAGUACAACCAGUGGCAAUAGAUGGCCCACACCACACCACCCCACUGAACUCCAAACUCUGACCUCCAAUGGAGACAUAAUUUAUUGUAUUUAUUUUGAUUUACUUCGUACUACGAUGCUGAUUAUUAAAUAAUCCCUAAGGUCCUAGAGCAAAAUUAAUUUUAGCACAAUGAAAGAAAUGCCAGUAAACCAAUUUUAGCUUUUAACCCUUAGCCCCGAUAGUGCAAUGCCUUAAAUAUAAAACUAAAUUUUAAAUAAUACGCGUACCUUUAACGAGAAAUCGAAGAAUUGUUUUCGGAUACAUUCGCAGCGAUGAAACCAACUAGACUUAAGUUAUUUAUGCAAAUUAUUUAUUGUAUUCGUAUGUUAUAUGAUGCUUAUUAAAGAAAACAAAUUUUAAA